GCGGACUUUCUGAAAGGGCUGCCAGUUUAUAACAAAAGCAAUUUCAGUCGGUUCCACGCAGACUCUGUAUGUAAAGCGUCGAACAGAAGACCUUCCGUUUAUCUCCCCACACGGGAAUAUCCUUCCGAACAAAUCAUUGUAACAGAAAAGACAAAUAUACUCUUGCGUUAUCUACAUCAGCAGUGGGACAAAAAGAAUGCAGCAAAGAAGAGAGAUCCAGAACAAGUGGAAAUCGAAGGCGAAAACUCUGCCCCUCCCCGCAAAAUCGCUCGGACAGACAGCCAAGACAUGAACGAGGACACUUAAAAAACUUUAGCUUUU